UUUUUGUUCAAUUUGUCCAGAGGCGAUAGAAGAUGAAUUUCUCUUGAAUGGCCAAUUUUUGUACCCCGGCGCCUAAUCGACAGAGUUCUGUCGACCGGAGGACGGAGAGGAACUGCAAUAAAGUUCCGUUCCGCUUGGAAUCAUUCCGAUACAAGGAAUUAAAACAUCCCAUUGAAUCGGAAAUCCGGUCAUCAAUCGCAAGUCUCAUCAAACGCAUUGUCGAGCUCCGUUCAGUUCUGGAUCCCGGAAGUCAAGUUGACCUGGGCGUUACGAAAGAUACCUUCCUCGCUCCUGCAGCAGCAAAGUUCACCGAUGUGUUGUAUUUCCUUCUCAAGCUUUUGGAUCCCGAAACGCAGAAAAAAUUUACUGGGGUCUACCCUACGUACAAUGAUUUGAAACUCAAUCGUAUGUUUGUGGACGUCUCGUGUUCUGCACUCGAGGACCUGCGACGAAAGUCGCCGAUUCUUUUCCGUAUGAUACCAAAAGUACAAAAAACCGUGCUCAAGGAAGCUGGUGGAAGCUCAGUCACUGCUAUGAAGUUCUUGGAUUUUCUGUAUGCACUUCUCGUUUAUUGUCUCUUCGUAACUUUGGAUCAAGGGAUGCGGUUCAUCAGUUCAAAAGAGGAUUUGGAACCGAUCUAUCAGCAUGUCAAAUCUGAAUUCGGGAAAAUAACGCUCGACAUGACGGACGAGAAAUUAUCAAGAAAUCUAGCCAAGUCUGUCAUGAAUGCAGAAGUUGUUGAAGCGUGUUGCAUGGAUGCCUUAUCCGAGGAGAUCGAAUGUUUGGCAUUUGACGAGGAGUUCUUGAAUGAUUUGAAAAGCUCUCGAGUAUUCACUGACAUCUGCCGGGUGAAAGCUUCGGAUAUCGAGCAACAGUUGAAAAAACCUGUGGUAGAUCCUAGGGAAUGUGAGAAAGGAGCGGCAUUAGCCUUGAAACACUUGAAGGCGGAGGAAGAAAACUUGUUUGUUCUUAUUCAGAAAUUGAACAGUGCCUUGCAGUUUCUGGAUCCAUGCGAAUAUCUGAUUGAUGGAGACGCUAUUUUGUUGGGAGUCGUCUCUAAAUUUUGUAAAUUGAAUACGCUCAAAAGCUUGGUAUUUCCGGAUCCAUAUUCGAGAAUCACCGCGAAGAGUAUCCCUGUCGAAUUGUAUGUGGAAGGGCUUGAAGCAAGUCUUCCUGUGAUUGCAAGUGAUGAGUGUGCAACAGUCGUGGAUGGCAAGCUUAUGGCCGAAAGAGAACGUCUCUUGAAAGAAUCCAUGAAGAAUUUGUCCAAGUGCGCAGUUGCAGUUGAAGAAAUCCAACAAGAGCAAGAAAAAGCUGUGAAAUGUAUUCUGAGUCUGUUGGAGGACCUUUGUCCGUGGAAUGUCGGAGAGUGUGGCGACCACCUGCAAGAAGAGCUACCUUGGUAUCCCAUCUGGGACGAAGCUUCUCUAGAGGCUUUAUGUAGAAUUUGA